AUGGACAAGAUGAAGUAUAAGACUUUGUCCAAACUUCUCUUAUGUGGCUCCUUUGUUCUUAAUUCUGGAUUGCUCUUGGGUCUCUGCAGUGCUGCGUAUGAUGCUGUUCUUGACAGAAAUGUGGCCAUUAAGAAGCUCAGCAGACCCUUUCAGAACCAAACACAUGCCAAGAGAGCUUACCGGGAGCUGGUCCUCAUGAAGUGUGUGAACCAUAAAAACAUUAUUAGUUUAUUAAAUGUCUUCACACCCCAGAAAACGCUGGAGGAGUUCCAAGAUGUUUACUUAGUAAUGGAACUGAUGGAUGCCAACUUGUGUCAGGUGAUUCAGAUGGAGUUAGACCACGAGCGAAUGUCUUACCUGCUAUACCAAAUGUUGUGUGGCAUCAAGCACCUUCACUCUGCUGGAAUUAUUCACAGGGACUUGAAACCAAGUAACAUUGUAGUCAAGUCUGAUUGUACAUUGAAAAUCCUAGACUUUGGAUUGGCCAGGACAGCAGGCACAAGCUUCAUGAUGACUCCUUAUGUGGUGACACGUUAUUACAGGGCCCCUGAGGUUAUUCUGGGAAUGGGCUACAAGGAGAACGUGGAUAUAUGGUCUGUGGGAUGCAUUAUGGGAGAAAUGGUUCGCCACAAAAUCCUCUUUCCAGGAAGGGACUGUAUCCUU